AUGAUUUCCCUAUAUCGCAAGCUACAGAAACACAAGUCUGGGGAGCAGGGUAACAUCAAGCAGCAACCACCAUGCGCACACCAGGGGAACAUCACUCCGGUGACCUGCAAGAGGCCUGAUGCGCCGACAACAAGUGCAAAGUCUGUUGAGUCUGAGCGUCACUCGACACCACAGAGCAGCCAGACUAAAGAUUCCAAGUGCGAGGCCUGCAUCGAGGAGAAAAGAGCCGCUCGUAAGUACCGGCUCAAGCUGGUUCUUGGCUUGAUAUUUCCCUUUGCGCUGCAGGCCUUGGAUGUCACAAUUGUUGCAAGCGCUUUGCCCUGGAUCGCCAAGGAUUUUAGUAAGUCAUUAUCCUUUAGUGUCAACAUAUCCAGGCUCGGCCACUGUGCACUUGACAUGAAUGCUCAUCAAAGAACCAUAGACGAGGUGUCACAGCUGAACUGGAUCAUAUCCGCAUUCAACCUGACCUCGGCCGCCUUCAUACCCUUUUGGGGCCAGAUGGCCGAUGUAUUUGGCAGACAUGCCGCCCUUCAAGCCACCGUGGUCAUCAUGAUGAUUGGAAGUGCUCUCUGCACCGCCGCUCCAACCGACGCCUUCCCCAUGCUGCUGCUCGGCCGUGGCAUUCAAGGUCUAGGAUGUGCCGGCAUCUCCGUCAUUGUCCGGGUCAUCAUUGCGGACAAGGUCUCGCUCAAGGAAAACGCCAAGAACUGGUCCAUCUUCUCCUUCACCGCCGGCAUGAGUUAUGCGAUUGGUCCAGUCAUUGGAGGCUACCUGACAACUGCUGCAUGGAGAUGGUGCUUUGCAAUCAACCUGCCCAUCUGCGUCGUGGCCGUUGCCCUAAUAUUCUUCAUCCUGCGCAAAGAUCUACUCGGACCCGUCGCACUCGCACCCGGAGACGUAGACAAUGUCCAACAACAACAACAACAGCAACAACCCGUAGCCAACGAAGCAAGGCUGACUAGAUUCUUUGCUCGCCUGACGACGGUAGACGUCGGCGGCCAGCUGCUCUUCCUGUCCGGCUUCGGGCUGGUGGUGCUGGCCAUGACGUGGGCCGGCGCGACCUACGCGUGGAGCAGUGCCGCCGUACUGACCCCCUUGCUGGUCGGGGUGGCCCUGGUGGGCGCCUUUGUCUUUUGGGAGAGGCUGAUGACCCCCGGUGGUGCCCUCGCGCUCAUGUUCCCGCGUCAAAAGGCCAUGCUUCCGUGGGAUAUUCUCAAGAACAAGGACGUCGGUCUCCUGUGUUUCAUCAACUUUGCGACGGGCGCCGCUAUGUACUCUGUGCUUUAUUUUUGUAGCAUCUACUUUACCAUGGUCAAGCUCUAUGACUCUGGUCACGCCGGCGUGCAGCUCCUGUACUACACUCCUGGUUUGGGAGUCGGUGUCUACCUUUCCAUGUUCCUCUGCAACAGAUACCCCCGCAACACCUUUGUCCCAACAAUGUUCGGCUCCAUAGUCGAGGCCGUGGGCGUCGGCAUGCUGGCCUGGGCUCUAUACCACGAAGACACGCCCACCAUCUAUGGAAUGAUGGCGUUGACCGGUGUGGGCACGGGAGUGCGGUUCCUAUCUGUCCAACUACACGCCAUCGGUUCCUUCCGCAACCGCAUCGCGACCGUCGUCUCGCUCCUGGCCGUCACGCUCCCGUUUGGCGGCACCCUGGGCCUCACCAUCAUGACCACCGUCUUCAACAACGAGUCCGGCAUCGGCAGCGACUCGCCCGUGCGGAACUUUGACGUGCUGCACGCCCUGCCAGAAGCCCAGAGGUCGAUCGUCACCCGGCAAGCAAAGAUGGGAGUCGUGUGGGCCUUUGUGGCCAUCCUGCCAAUUAUGGUGCUGUGUGUUCUCGCUGCAUCGCUCCUCGGCAACGUAGAGAUCACCCACGUCGAAGUAGACGGCGACGAGACCAACAGUCCCGGAGGCGGUGCCCACGUCUUUCGCGGAGUUUAUCUGCUGCAUCUCAUCAGGAGGAGAAGGGGGCACCCCGCCGGCACAGAGCAGCAGAAUGAACUCAAGGCUGUGCCUUAA